AUGGCGACCGAGGAGGAUAUCGCGUGGUUUAAGUCCACUUUUCAUUCGAUCCCGAAGCCAGAGCUCCCCGAUGAUUCUGUGGAGUAUUUUAUCUAUCAUUUGCCCUCCCCCGCCCCCGCCGUUAUCGAUGCAGCUGCGGAGACUCGGGCUCGGCUGCUAGAGGUGCAACGUUCUGCAGCCGAAUUGAUCAAAGAGCUUCUCAAAGACUAUAUCUGGCAGCGAGAUAACUUCAAGCUAGAGAUUAAGAAAGAAAAUGGAGCUACAUUCUUGAAUGGACGCACCAAUUUCGGCGACUCGAUCGAGGAUGAAUGGGUAGUGGUAUAUAUUCUACGUGAAUUGACCAAGAAACACAAGGAUAUCUGGGUCAAAGUGGUGGAUAGCGACGGCGAGUUUCUACUCGUGGAAGCCGCUGGCACGCUCCCCGCAUGGCUCGAGCCAGAGGUCGCUGACAACCGGGUCUGGAUCCACCAAGGCGAACUUUGCAUCAUCAAACCAAAGCAAAAAGGCGACAAGAAAAUCACCGAGACAUUGACGCUAGCCGAAGCAAAAAGAAUCAUACAAGAAGAGCCUGACAGGUUUAUCAAAUCAACAAUAAUACAAGAAGAAGCAUUUUACCGGCUACGAAACUACCCCAAGCAAAUAUCAGAGAAUAUGCACUCGGCUAUUGUGACGAUUCCCCGCAAGGUCGCAUAUCUCCUCCACCAGAAACCCGCAUACGUAUCUCCCGCAGUGGAAGCUUUCUACAUCCGCGACCCAGUCGCACUGCGCCCACUCCGGGGGAGAAAUGCGUCAGACCUCAUCUUCCCACCAGAUGACCUGGUCAACGUUAGUGUUCGGUUUACGCGAGUGGGCUAUGCGCAAUUGAAAAGUCAAGAUUUUCCAGCCCCGCCAAGCUGGUCGGGUAAAUUACCCGACACGACAGAUCGGGAAGCAUACGCUCGCGCGGAGGCGGGGAUGAAACUUGCUUGCGGGUUUGAGAUGCUUCUCUCUGAUCCUCAGAAUCAAGAUAAAGCGGCUGUACGGGAGAUGAAGUUUCUGCUAGAGGAUGUGGCGACUGGAGACGAGGAACUCCCUUCAAAUGAAGAAAUCGAGACCUGGGAGAAGAAGGAGGAUGAUGAGCAAUGGAUGGAUAUUAGCUUCGAAGAUCUCGAUCGGGAGCUGAAAGGCAAAGGGAAAGGUAAAGAAAGAAGUGAAGGGGAUGGGAAAUUUGGAGACGCAGCUGCACAAGAAAACCUUCAGAGGAUUGUGGCUCGCUUUGAAGAGUUCUUGAAUGAUACCUCAGCAGGCUUUGAAGGGGCGGAUUUCAUCAAUGACUAUGAGUCCGACUCCGAUGUCGAUGAGGACGACGAUGAAGAGCUUAGCAGCGAUGGGGAGGACAAGGAUGCCUCGUUCGAUGAGGAGGAAUUCUCCCGGAUGAUGAAGGAGAUGAUGGGAAUGCCAGGCUCCGGCCAAGGACCGCCUCUCGAAACACCACUGCGAAACCGGAUCAAAGAACUGGACGCGGAGGAAGGGGAGGGAGCAGAUGAGAUGGAUGACACAGAAGAGAUCCAGGAAUUGUCUCGGCAGAUGGAAGCCGAAUUACGACAGACUGGAGUUCUUGAUCUGAACCGCAAACAACAGAAGAUAUCCGGUGAUAGGUCUAAAGGUAAGGCUAAGGCUACCGAGACAAGUGAGGACGAGUAUGAAGAUGAGGAUGAGAAUGUCAACAUCAACCUCGCCAAAAAUCUCCUGGAGGCUCUACAAGGACAGGGAGGCACUGCGGGCCCCGCCGGCAACUUGCUGUCGAUGAUGAAUCUACGAAUGCCAAAAGACGACCGUCCAUAA